AUGAACAUUGAAUCAUGGCAGCUCAGACACCUAAAUCAACCAUUUAAUCAUGCUUGCGACAUUAACACUGGAAGGACCCGGGAAAACAGGCACCACCGACAUCGACUGACUUUCGUCCACGCAUCAGUCAACUGUUGGAGGAUCCUGAGUCAAAACAUUUUACAGUAUUAAGAAUGGCAGAUUUUAGCUCUGAUUACGGUUUGUCAUCUGCUGGUGCAUCGGACAAUGCAGGAAGUGCAGAGCUUCAGCGAAUGAUAGCCAUAGAACAACAGAAAGCACAAUUUCAAGCCCAGGUGCACAAUUUUACUGACGUAUGCUGGGACAAGUGUAUGGACAAACCCAGUUCAAAGCUGGAUUCACGAACAGAGACCUGUCUUGAGAGCUGCGUGGAGCGUUUCAUCGACACUACUCUCACAAUCACGAAUCGCUUCUCGCAAAUGGUCCAGAAGGGUGCACAUUGAACGUGAUUUUGAGCAUCUCAAGAACUCUAAUGCAGGUCCACGCUGUUGGUUACUCUUGGCCGUUGAAGAUAAUGUAUGAAUAAAACCGAAUGAAGAUCCCAUAUUAUUCAGCGCAUGUCUGUGAACGUUUGUCAUCUCCAGUUGAACCAUUUGGUAAUGGAAUAGAGUGAUGUGCCCUUUGCCUGAAUGCCUGUCACCUGUAACAUUAUAAAUGACAGGUCACUUAAUUACAGUACAUCGAUAAGUCUAUGCGGACCCAUCCAAGGCACACGCACACACACUCUUAAAACAAGUAGCCUAAUUCUAAAGGGUUAUAUCUCUGUACAUUUUCAAUGGAUGAGCCAAUGAUUAUUACAAUCAUUUUGAAAGUACAAUAGAUAAUAUUUCAUAGUUGUUACUUUGUAGUCUUGUCUUUGUUAAUAUACAUUUUAAAUCCUUGUGUUUAUCAGUGUGCUGUAAUGUAAUACAUACGUUACAUUCCAACUUCUGUUGGGCCAGAGUGUGUUUCCCAUUACAUCGUCUGUGUCCUUAAGCCAUUCACCAGGAGGAAAAACGCUUAAGUUGUAUUCCAUCUCUGGUUUGACUUUGUCUCAGGCUUAAUGCAUUUUGUGUUUAUACACUUCUUAGGAGGAAAGAAACUGCUUGACUGGUUUAACCAUUGCCAAUCUCUCUAUGAAUACGCCAAUUAAACCUAUGAAUACAUAAUCCAAUAAAAACUACACAGUUUGUCAUUACACUGGACAUGCCAUGUA